ACCGUACAGACACUGUUACAGCAGAACUCUCUGACCGUACAGACACUGUUACAGCAGAACUCUGUGACCGUACAGACACUGUUACAGCAGAACCCUCUGACCGUACAGACACUGUUAUAGCAGAACCCUCUGACCGUACAGACACUGUUACAGCAGAACUCUCUGACCGUACAGACACUGUUAUAGCAGAACCCUCUGACCGUACAGACACUGUUACAGCAGAACUCUCUGACCGUACAGACACUGUUAUAGCAGAACCCUCUGACCGUACAGACACUGUUACAGCAGAACCCUCUGACCGUACAGACACUGUUAUAGCAGAACCCUCUGACCGUACAGACACUGUUACAGCAGAACUCUGUGACCGUACAGACACUGUUACAGCAGAACCCUCUGACCGUACAGACACUGUUACAGCAGAACCCUCUGACCGUACAGACACUGUUAUAGCAGAACCCUCUGACCGUACAGACACUGUUACAGCAGAACCCUCUGACCGUACAGACACUGUUACAGCAGAACUCUCUGACCGUACAGACACUGUUACAGCAGAACUCUCUGACCGUACAGACACUGUUAUAGCAGAACUCUCUGACCGUACAGACACUGUUACAGCAGAACUCUCUGACCGUACAGACACUGUUACAGCAGAACUCUGUGACCGUACAGACACUGUUACAGCAGAACUCUCUGACCGUACAGACACUGUUACAGAAGCAGAACUCUCUGACCGUACAGACACUGUUACAGAAGCAGAACUCUCUGACCAUACAGACACUGUUAUAGCAGAACCCUCUGACCAUACAAACACUGUUAUAGCAGAACUCUCUGACUCUGAACAUAUUGGGCUGCCAAGCACAGAGGAGACAGAGGAUGCUAUAGUCCCCUUCAGCCCUACAGGAGUCUUCAUAGAGAUCACCAGUGAUCUGCUUGUUGACCUCAGCUCACAUGGUGUGUCUAGUGACAUAGGCCAGGGGUCAACCCAACCUACAGAGACUGAAUCUCUUCAGGGAGGCAGCACAGAACCCUCUGCCUUAGAUCAGAAAGCCACGCCGCUGAGGAGGAUAAAGAUUACAGUGGGAACAGACUCUGCUGUGUGUAACGACGAGGUCCAGAGCCAGCUGAAGGAGCUAGACAUCCAUCACAGCAUUUCUGGGCCUGAACCCUCUCUCUGCACCGUGCCACCCUCCAUCCUGCCUCUGUCCUGCCUCUCUGACUCCAACAACAACACCAAGGCCAGCGAAGGGUCGGUGUUGGGGUCUCCCUGUACAAGGAGUAAGGGGCCAGAGCAGUGGUCCUCCAAGGUAGAGGUAGCCCCCCAGAGCAGCUCAGAGGAGGGUGGAGAUAAAACCCAUGAUGAGUCCCCUUCCCUGACCGAGCCCUCCACGUUUACCUCUGACCUCCUGGGGGAGACCACAGAGACACCAGACAGCCUCCUAGAAUACCCCCCUGAUGACUCUGAGGAGCUCCUGUACUACCUGGCCUACAAGCACUACUGGAGCAGCGAGGACUCUGCCGUGUCCGGGUUGGAGGACGAGUGUCACUUCAGCUUGGCUGAGGUGGAGGAGCUAGAGAGGCUCCAGGGAGAGGGCCACGGAGACGUCCCUUAUCAGAACAAUACUGAAACUACAGGCUGGAGGAGAGAUACAUCUAGCCAUACAGACACUGCAGGCUGUAGGAGAGAUAUCUCAGACCAUACAGACACUACAGGCUGUAGGGGAGAUACAUCUAGCCAUACAGACACUGCAGGCUGUAGGAGAGAUAUCUCAGACCAUACAGACACUACAGGCUCUAGGGGAGAUACAUCUAGCCAUACAGACACUGCAGGCUGUAGGAGAGAUAUAUCUAACCAUACAGACACUACAGGCUGUAGGAGAGAUAUCUCAGACCAUACAGACACUACAGGCUGUAGGAGAGAUAUAUCUAACCAUACAGACACUACAGGCUGUAGGAGAGAUAUAUCUAACCAUACAGACACUGCAGGCUGUGGGAGAGAUAUCUCAGACCAUACAGACACUACAGGCUGUAGGAGAGAUAUAUCUAACCAUACAGACACUGCAGGCUGUGGGAGAGAUAUAUCUAACCAUACAGACACUACAGGCUGUAGGAGAGAUAUAUCUAACCAUACAGACACUACAGGCUGUAGGAGAGAUAUAUCUAACCAUACAGCCACUGCAGGCUGUGGGAGAGAUAUAUCUAACCAUACAGACACUGCAGGCUGUGGGGAGGUUGUAGAGGGGGUAGUUAAUUCUAAUUGUGCUGCUAACAGUCCUUCAGACCUUUCUAAACCCUUAGCUUCCUACCUGGAGACCAGAGGCCUGCUAUUGGACAGCGCAGAGAAAGAGGAGGUGCAGCAGUCCAGCCCCCACCAAUCCCCUAACCCUCCCUCAGAGGGAGACAGACAGGACUGUAGCAAAUCACCCGGGGCUUUAGGAUUAGAGGACAGUUUGUUUGCUGAGGAGUCCAGCUCGUACAGCACCUACCUCCAGACCAGCUCUCACCCUGCCCUCCUGCAGCAGGAUCGUGGGGUGAGGAUUGUGAGGUACCCCUACUCCGACGUCAGUCUCAACCUGCUCUCUCUCAGUAGCCUCGAGCCCAUCCUAGAGGCAGACUCCGACCGCUCCCUGGACAACUCUGGGAUUGUGGAGGAUGUGACUGGAGUAGAGGAGGAGGGGGAGGAGGCAGAGGAGGAAGAAGGGGAGGAGGAGGAGCGAAGACAGAGUGUUAGGAUGAGGCCCACUGAGAAAUACAGGGACAGUGUUGUCCUGUCUGGUGACAUCAUCCUGUCAAACUCCACCUCCGGCCUUGAGAGCCCGUCGUUGUGUCUCCCCGAGGACUCAUCCAGUAUCGAGUCAUCAGAGCACCAACUGGACUCGUUGACCUUUGACCCCGAUGACCUCAGGGUUAUGACCUUACCACACGACAGGGGCCAUGCAAGCAGCGAGAGACGCUCCAGUCCAACCCCCACCUCUGUGUCCUACGACUUUGACACCACCAGCACUAACAGUGAGGAGACGGAAGAGUCCAUCCUGCCUGUCUCGGGGGGGAACACCAACCUCCACAAACCCAUGAAGAGCAACUCUAAAGACAGCCAGGCAGGGAGGUCCAAGAGCUCAAAGUUCUCUGUUUUUGCCAAGAUGCCUUCUUUCAGGAAGGGGAAGAGUCUGAAGAAUGCCAAGGAGGAGGACUUGCCCCGGGACUCACCAGACCUGGGCUUGAGCAGGGAUAUGGGGGGAGGACAGGUGGGACAAGGGGGAGACACCUCGGAUGAUGACAAUGUUUUCUUGAAGGGGGACAGCCUGAGCCAGACGGUUCAGCAGCCCUUCUCCUCUGGUCUGGGUGGUCGCUACGAGACAGAGCAGGAGGAUUACAGCUUCUUCCCCUCCACACCGCGCACCCGCCAUGUCCGCCUGCUCUUCAGGGAUGGGCCUGGGGACACCCCCCUGACCCCCCAGCCCGGAGGUCUCAGACACAACCAGACCGGGGCCCCCGAGGGCCUGCACGGCUACAAGAGGAGCAAGAGCUCUGACAGCCUCAACCUCCGCAUGCGCUUCGCCCAGGCCCACAAGUCCCUGUCCAGCCUGUUUGAGUCUCGCUCCAUGGACAAGGAGAACGAGGAGGAGCAGGUGAACAUUGAGACUGGUAGCGAAGGGGAGGUGGGGCGAGCCAAACAGUCCUGGAGGAGGCUAAAGAGAGAGAGGGCCAAGGAGGCAGAGCUGCUGAGGAGGACCCUGUCUGUCCCGGUCGGGGACGGGGUCAAGGGAGGGGACGGUGAGGAUGGGGGUGUGAGGACGCCCAGACAGACCCACAGUGACUAUGCGUCCCGCUCUGCCUCAGUGCUCAGUGUCCCUGCGUCCCCCUCCUCUCUCAGAGCCCUGUGUCUCACCGACCCCCUCACUAAGAGGGGCUUCCAGGACAGUCACAGCGUGGCCGGGGAGAACACCCCACUGGGCUGCAAGUCAGAGGGCCAGAGGAGGAAAGGGAAAGUCCCACCCAACGGCCUGUCAAUCAACUUCUCUGACUCUGGACCGCACUCCUCGGACGACUCUGAAGCCCCACCCACAAACGACUCCAGCCCCCUGUCGCCCAUGAGCCCCGCCUCCCUGGCCACCCUAGCCAAUCAGCUGUCUUGGUCCAGCUCCAGGUCCCCAGGAGGAGCCUAUGAGAGCACAGCGUCUAGCAUGGCAGCAACACCAGACACCCCAGUGAGACCCAUGAGCCCCAAACCCCACAGCCCUAGACCGGCUGCCCAGCACAGGCCCUUCCGCUACCCCCAAUCUGCCUCAGCCCGGGCCUCAGCCCUGUCCUUGCUCCUCAUGGCUCAGUCAGCCAGUGUAGAGGGCUUGUCUGACCCACCAGAGAAGCCCAAGACCCUGAAGCCCAGAGCGGGGCCGCUAGGCUCCUCCUCCCUCAGUCCAUUGGAGGACAGUAGAGUGGACAGCCAAUCACAGAUCAGCCUGCUUACACCUAUGUCCAUCAACCAGUUUGAGACUCAGGGUGGCUGUAGACCCACCAGCCAGGCAGGAGGAGAGAAGAGGCUAGCAGAGCUUAAGUCCCCUGGGUCUGGACUGGUCACUACUGCCUCAGCCCUCAGACCACCACCAGGCCACAGGCCGAACAGGGAGAGGGACAGGGGUCCAAGACGCCACUGCUGCUCCUCAGACGACCUGUGGAUCGAAGAGGAGAAGAGACGGAAGCGGAAGCUGGCCCGAGUCGUGAGGGGCAGCCUGGGACAACUCAACACCCACUGUCCUGAAGAUUUGGAGAAAGCACGGGCUCGAGUGUCCCUGUCGACCAUGGAGGAGUUCUCCGGGAUUCCCCUGAAGACCCACUGCUUCUCCCAGAGCACCCCCAUCGGACUUGACUGUCUGGGCUGGAGACGACGCAUGUCCUACCCCUCGGUGAUAGUACCAGACGGAGGUGGAGAGAAGGCCGGUCUGGGUGAUGAUCUAGGCAGUGACGAAGACCUGUAUGAAGAGUUCCGCAGCUCCGGACAUCGCUGUGGACACCCAGGGGGAGGUGGAGAACAACUGGCCAUAAAUGAGCUGAUCAGUGAUGGCAGCUGUGUGUACGCCGAGGCCCUGUGGGACCAUGUCACCAUGGACGACCAGGAGCUUGGCUUCAAGGCGGGGGACGUCAUCGAGGUAGUGGAUGCCACCAACAAGGAGUGGUGGUGGGGACGCAUCCUGGACAGUGAGGGCUGGUUCCCAGCUAGCUUUGUUCGGUUGCGUGUGAACCAGGAUGAGCCCAUGGAGGAGUACCUAGCCCAGCUGGAGGAGGCUGGGGCUGGGGAAGUGGACCGGCCAGGGGUGGGUCUGAUCCUGGGACCAGGCCUGCCGUGUAAGGACCAGAUGAGGACUAACGUUAUCAAUGAGAUCAUGGGCACAGAGAGAGACUACAUCAAACACCUCAAAGACAUCUGUGAGGGUUACAUCAAGCAGUGCCGUAAGAGGAUAGACAUGUUCACAGAGGAGCAACUGCGGUGUAUAUUUGGCAACAUCGAAGACAUCUACCGCUUCCAGAAGAAGUUACUGAAAGGUCUGGAGAAGCGGUUCAACAAGGAGCAGCCGCACCUCAGCGAGAUCGGAUCCUGCUUCCUCGAACAUCAAACAGACUUCCAGAUCUACUCGGAGUACUGUAACAACCACCCCAACGCCUGUGUGCAGUUGUCCAGACUGAUGAAGACCAACAAGUACGUGUUCUUCUUCGAGGCCUGUCGUCUGCUGCAGAAGAUGAUUGACAUCUCGCUGGAUGGCUUCCUGCUCACGCCCGUUCAGAAGAUCUGCAAGUACCCUCUGCAGCUGGCCGAGCUACUGAAAUACACCAACCCUCAGCAUAGGGACUAUAAGGACGUGGAGGCUGCCUUGAACGCCAUGAAGAACGUGGCCAGGCUGAUCAACGAGAGGAAGCGGCGCCUGGAGAACAUCGACAAGAUCGCCCAAUGGCAGAGCUCCAUAGAGGACUGGGAGGGAGAAGACAUCCUCAGUAUGAGUUCAGAUCUGAUCUUCUCUGGAGAGCUGACGAAGAUCUCCCAGCCUCAGGCUAGGAGCCAGCAGCGCAUGUUCUUCCUCUUCGACCACCAGAUGGUCUACUGCAAAAAGGACCUCCUGCGCAGGGACAUGCUGUACUAUAAGGGUCGUAUGGACAUGGACCUGAUGGAGGUGGUGGAUGUGGAGGACGGGAAGGAAAAGGACUUCAACGUGUCGGUGAAGAACGCUCUGAAGCUGCGCUCGCUGGCGGGGGACGAGGUCCACCUGCUGUGUGCCAAGAAGCCCGAGCAGAAACAACGCUGGCUCCGAGCCUUCCAGGACGAGAGGACGCAGGUGCAGCACGACCUCGAAACAGGAUUCUCCAUCACUGAGGUCCAGAAGAAACAGGCCAUGCUGAACGCCUGCAAAAGCCAUCCAGCUGGGAAGCCCAAAGCGGUGACCCGGCCCUACUAUGACUUCCUGCUGCGUCAGAAGCACCCGUCUCUGCCCAGCACCGUACCCCAGCAGCAGGUCUUCAUGCUGGCUGAGCCCAAACGCAAGGCAACCACCUUCUGGCAAAACAUCGGCAGACUGACGCCUUUCAAGAAGUGAAACGUCGGAGAGGAGGAUUCGAGGAGGAAGGCUAACGCCUGAACUGACUUUUUUAUCCCCAAUCCUUUUUUUUCCUUCUCUCGUUUUGUUCUUUGUUAUACAUAAUGUUAUCCUAAUUCAUAUACUGAUUAUUGUGAAAGAUCAACAUGAUGAUGAUAAUGAUGAUAUUUUUUCUUUGAGAAAGCACUUUAUAGGUUGGUUACAAUCAGACUUGGGAAUGGUUCUCCCGGACAUCGUGUAUACGUUGGGAGAAUGUUACUAGGACUAUUUUACCUGCUACUGCUACUACAACUUCAACCAAGCACCGAUUGGUACUAAUAUUACUACUGCUGUGUGAUCAUGUGACUGCCAAUGAGGCUCCUCUUUUUGGAAAGACGUUGACUGACGCAACUAAAUGAUUAUUUCCCCCCAGUGUUUUUGUUUUGUUUCGACAAAUGCCAACUGUUCACAGUGCCAGAUCAAUUUUGCUUUUGUAUUUAAGUUUGUGCUGUGUCUGCUAUUGAAAAAAAGGUGAAAAGGGGGGAUAAAGUUUAUUGUACUUCUCUUUGUGCAAA